AUGUCGUUCACGAAGGGAGAUUUGCUUACGAAAACGAGGAAGCUGGUCAAAGGCUUAGCCAAACCAGAACCUCUCUGGCUUAAAGCUAUGGAACAGUCCCCUCCACCAACAUUUCCCCGAGCUGAGAGCAAGAUUAAACCCAUGACUCUACCAGAGGAUGUUUAUGUCAAGAAGUUCUUUAAGAAACACGAAGAUUCAAAAUAUCAUGACGCCAUCAAAAUAUCUUCGUUUGAUCCACCUCCUGCCCGUAUAUUUGGCUUGCGGGUAGUUGAGUUGAAGGAACAGGGUGUGGGCGAAGAUGAAGCAAUUGCUGUGGCUGAUAUGGAGUAUAGAGCAGAGAAAAAAACCAAAAAGAAAGCUUAUUCUCAUCUGAAGAAAAUUGCGAAACUUCAAGGAAAGGAACCACCUUCAAAUCCAUAUCCGAGUGCUAUCAAAGAAAUUCAGGAAGAAGAAAAGGUGUUUGUACGCGACCGUUUCUUUGCUCCCGAUAUACUUAAAAUUGUGGAAAAAAUGAAGAAGGAAAGAGCUCUAACCAUGUCAGCUAGACAAGCCCCACCACAAGACCCAAAUGGUUGGUGA